AUGGCGUCCAUCAACAGUGAUGAGUGGAAAGCUAUCUGCGACAAAUUUACCAACGCCCAAAACCUCACAGAUGUAGAAUCACGAAAAGACCCUGAAAACGACCCUUUCCGCUCCAAGUACAAGGCUAGGGAGCUCCUCAGAGAGAUAUACUGCUCACUGAAGAGUUUUGAGGCCAGUGAUGGCGAGGAGGAGAGCGCUGAGGAGAGCGCUGAGCAGCGGCCGCCGGAGGAGCCUGUGGACGGGCAGAGGGAGGACCUGUUCGGUCAGGGCUCCUGCGGCGACUCGCCGGCCGGGCUGCGGGCCGCUAAACUCGGGGCGGUGGAGUACUAUCUGGGUGUCAACCACGUCGAUACAGAGGAGCUGUCAGCCGGCCAAGAGCAUUUGAUGAACUGCAUGAAACUGCUGGAGAGAUACAAUGUGUCGUCCGUGAAUGUGUCGUUGUUCAUCCACGUCAGGAACCAGUUGGGCAUCCUUUGGGCAGGCCGGGAUGAGACAGAGACUGCCCAGGGAUUCCUGGAAACAGCUGAAGCCAUCUACCAACGGUAUAUGAAGGAGGAUGGGACUCCUCCCACUGAUAUGACAGAGUACUUUUCUACUGAAGAAAAAACACACCAGGAAAGGAUCAAAAGGUUUGAGUUGGCCUACACCCAUACCAUGUACUACCUUGCUCAAGUCUAUAAAAACCUUGGUCGAAAUGAGGUUGCUGCCGCCUACUGUCACAGCACCCUGCAGAGACAGUUAAAGUUAAAUCAGUACAGUCCGAUGGAGUGGGCUCUGAACGCCGCUACGCUAUCACAGUAUUACAUCACUAAGGGGAGAUACAUGGAGGGUAGACACUGUCUUUCAGCAGCCACCGUCAUAUCAGGUUUGGCAGGAGAAGUUCCUUCUGAGGCUGCAGCACAGGAGAGUGAAACAGAGUGUGAGCGUAGAGAACAGCUGAGACAGAAGAGAGCAGAGAUUGCGAGAUGUUGGAUCAAAUACUGUCUCAACCUCCUUCAAGAUACUAAGAAACUGCUAGAGGAUAACAUUGGAGAGCUGGAUAGUGAUCGUCAAGAAGAGUUGAAGAGAGCGAGAAGACUUGAGGAGGAGGAAGAAGAGAAGGGCAGGAAGAGUGCUCUGCUGUUCGGCUCUGAGGACACUUUUGACUUAAUCGCGAGCCUGGAAGAGAAGGUCAGCUGUUUGUUUCCACUGGACUUUGCAGAGGCCAGAGCUGUGUUUCUGGUGGGACAGAAUUAUGUCACACAGGCUAAGGAGUACUUUCAGAUGGACGGCUAUGUGACGGACCACGUAGAGAUCUUGCAGGAUCACAGUUCUCUGUUCAGGGCUCUGGCUUUCUUUGAAGAGGAUCUGGAGCGACGCUGCAAAAUGCACAAACGACGGGUUGACAUGCUGGAGCCAAUCUGCAUUGACUUGAAUGCCCAGUACUACUUAAUGAUCCGCAGACAGCUAAUGUUUGAGUUAGCUGAGACUUACAAUGAAAUGAUGGACCAGAAACUGACGCUGGCCAACAGACAAGAGGAUUCAGAGUCUCUCGAUAGCCACACUAUUAAGAAAUUCAACCACCUCUGCUCUGCCUCUGCCAAGUACUUCCAGAUGUUCAUAGACUCUCUGCGUUCUCCGGAGGGGAAGGUACCAGAGCACCUGGAGGAGGAGGUGCUCAGACCGGCUCUGGUGGCCCGUUUCAGAGUAGCCAGACUGUACAGCAAGCUGAUGUGCUCUACACCCUCUGCACAGCUGGACAAUAUCAACAAGGCUCUGGAAAACUACAAAUACGUAGUGCAGUAUUGUGAAAGCCACCCUGAGGCGGGAUCAACUGUGGAAACGGAGCUUGAGUUGAGUAGGGAGAUGGUUGGCCUGCUCCCUCUCAAAAUCAACCGUCUCAAAGCGAGGAUGGCAGCAAACAACUGAAGGACACCACUGACUGAUUUAUUGGUCAUUCAACCAGAUCAGCCAAUCUCAUCUAAAUUACCCACCUAAUGAUCAAUGGACACUUCUGUAUCAACAAUUAAAGAAACCAGAUGGCAGAUUUACUGACUUUGUCUUGCUAACUUGAAUUCGUCAUAGCCUCUUGUUUGUGCAGUUGGCAUGCUGUUUUCACAACACUUAUGAACAUAUUGCAGGUUUUAUGUGCUUUCAUGUGUGUAUUAAAAUGUGUGGUCAAUUUACUUUACUUCAAACAGCACACAAAAGAAAAUAGGUUGAGGUUUUUAAUUGAGAGGAUGGAAACACGGCCUCUACAGGAUAUUGAACAUAAAACAUAAUGUUUUCAGUGAACAUUGAUGCAAAGUUACUUUUAAAGUCAUAAACUCUUGAACUCUUUUCAGCUGCAGCAGCAUUCUCAAAACAGCCACAGUCAGCCACAGAAAAAAAUAGCCACCGACUGUGAGUGUGUAUUUCCUUUAUGCACUGUUAUGGCAGAUUUGUACAUAACAGAUUUCUAUUGUAUAUUGUUUUGUUUUUCCUCUGUGACCCUGGUCUAAUUCAUCUUUUGUAUAUUUUAUUGUUAAAUCAUAUUGGUUUUCAUUAAAUGUGGCCUUAUUUUCUGUUUAGCACAUCAGCACACUGUCUUGAAUUUAUAUCCCAUGCCUCCUUUUUUCAACUGCUUUAUGUGUCUGAUGGUUAAAGCAAAUGUAAAGGUCUACUGUGAUCACGGUUGGUGUCACCAUGGUGUAAAUAGCCAGACAGGCUGAUGUUCAGAUGGUAGAGUGUAAAACUUUUGCAUUCUGUUAAAAACCUGUCUGGAACAUCUCAGCCAGUCGUCAAACAUACUGGAAAUAAUUACCGUUGCAGGCCUCAUUGAUACUGAAGAUAGGAACAACAUAAUCUGCAUGAUUCAGCUACUUGAACUUGUAUGUUUUUUACUGUCUCUGGAAUGUCAUCCUGUUUUGUGUAGAUACUGUAUGUAUAAAUAAUGAAUAAACUAAUAAAAUGAUAC